CUCGUUCAGGCUCUCAACAAAGAAAGAGAGCCAGUGUUUGACUUGAAAAUCUACUUCAGUACAAGUUCUCCCUGACUGUUGCUUGUAGACCCCUGCAGUGCAGACGAAGAUAGUGCAGCAAACCAUUGUGGUCUGAAAUUUAGUUGGAGCUAACGUAAUCGUUUAUCAUCUUAAUUAAAGGAUUAUCAUUAGGUUCUACUGAUCAGCCAUGUCAGACUCCGCGGAUAUCUCUACCACUGUCGUGUUGGCCUUUCUCAUUGUGGUAGGAAUCAUUGGAAACUCUUUGGUUUGUGUUGUAAUGAUGAAAUACCGAGAUAUGAGGGUUCCAAUAAAUUAUCUCCUUGUUAACUUGGCAGCUGCAGACAUCAUGUUCGCGACGUUUAUCACUCCUCAAUACGUGCUAAGCCAUGCGUUCUCCCACCCCAGCGGGAUGACUGGUACACUUUUGUGCAAGUUAUUGACAGGUGGAAACUUCGCCUGGGUUGGGGCGGCUUCCUCUGUCUUUACCUUGGUGAACAUUGCCAUCGAACGAUAUGGUGUGGUGAUAUAUCCUCAUGGAAACAGAUGGAAGCUCACUCCUCGUAAACUCAGGUUUUUAAUUCCUGGUUCCUGGGUUUUCUCCUUGAUUGUAAACUUCCCAGUGUUCCUAGUUGUGGACAUUGACGAUAAGAUUGGCGCCUGUGUAAGAAUAUGGCCAAAAAAAUGGAUGCCCCAGGCUUACAAUGUUGCGUGGUUUGUUGUCAUGGCAAUCAUUCCCCUGACCGUGAUGGUUGUGCUGUAUUCAAGAGUGGUGUACAGACUUUGGUUUAAAUAUACACCUGACGACAGUGAGCAUGGGAAUCGACAUAAGGGACUGCAGAAGGUACGGAAGCGAGCCACCUUGUCCGUCCUUGUCGUCAGCAUUAUCUUUGCGAUCUGUUGGAUUACAGAUUCCAUUGUCUACAUCGUGAGCCACUUUAGCGCCGAGAGCUUUGGUCCAGCGGUGUAUUCUGUUUCUAACACGAUGAUCAUGUUUAACUCUGCCGUCAACCCGUUUGUUUAUGGUCUGGUGAACCGGAGAUUCAGAGAUAAGAUUAAAAUCAUGUUUGGAGGAGCUUCUUGCGUCAAGGCCGAAUCAAGCGAGGAGACUGAGACCGAGGGCAUGGAAAUGAGUGGCAGUGUCGUGAACAAUUCUAAGGUAGAAGAGAGGCAAAGAAAUAGUUUUAAAAGCAGUGCCUGUUAGGUAUUCUGGAAGUUUGUUGUUAUAGCCUUUCAAGUACUGCAUGAGAAUUGCUUUUUGUGUUUAUGCCUUUGGUUUCUAGAUUUUCAUCUAAUUAUUUGUUAACGAGCAUUUUUAAAAUGUAACUCCUUCUGUGAAACUUUUAGGCCACAACAUAACUCCUCUGUUGAUAAAUUCAGUUGGUAACAAAAGCAAACACCGAUUGGCCAUAAAGAAACUGAUGAGUAACUAUAGAGGGACUUUGAUUUUGAUAAAAGAUAAAAUAUCACAACUUUAUGUGCUUGACUUCAACAGGAUGUAUAUCUUAUUAGACGUUUUAGGGUGAGUAGUAUCGCCGAUUGCUUUUUCGAGUCGUGUCGUAUUUUGACGAGCCCGCAAGCGAGUUAAAGUACAAACGACAAGUCAAAAUAUUUAACCAUGCUACUCACAAACGUAUGGUGCACCAAAGUGGACCAAAAGGCCUUUUGGAAAUGUCCCUUUUCUAUUUAGAUCAAUAAGUCGAGAUUUUUGUACUCAAUAUAGAAAUAUUUUAUCUGUUUGAAGUGAAAAUACACAUUGUGGUUGAAAAGUA